ACCAAUCAUGUUGUUCUUUUCUCUCGGGUCUCGGCUAUUUAGUUGGUCGUGGACAAAGAGCAAUACCUUCUCCAUGAAAUAUCUCCUAUCUCAAAGCUUCUGCUCUUUUCUAGUUGCUCUAACCACUCUUUAAGGCACUGUUUGAACAUGGAAAGGAAGCAUCUUUGGGCUUCUCUCCUUUUAUUGGCCAUUGCCUGCUUUGUAUUUCCUGCUUCCUCUGAUAGUUUGCUAAGAAUUAGUCUGAAGAAGCGACAAUUAGAUAUCAGUAGCUUAAAUGCAGCCAAUGUAGCAAGACUUGAAGACAGAUAUGGAAAGCAUGUGAUGAAGGACAUAGAGAAGAAGAAGAAGAAGAAGAAAUCUGACACAAAUUCAGAUAUAGUCUCCUUAAAGAACUACUUGGAUGCUCAAUAUUAUGGAGAGAUUAGUAUUGGUUCACCCCCUCAAAAUUUCACUGUCAUAUUUGAUACAGGGAGUUCUAAUCUCUGGGUUCCAUCAUCAAGAUGUUAUUUCUCUAUUGCAUGCUGGAUCCAUUCCAAAUACAAGGCAAGCAAGUCUAGAACAUACACAAAAAAAGGAGAAUCUUGUUCAAUCCACUAUGGAUCUGGAUCAAUUUCAGGAUUUCUCAGUCAAGAUAAUGUUCAAGUUGGCGAUCUUGUAGUCACGGAUCAGGUCUUUAUUGAGGCGACACGGGAGCCAAGUAUUACAUUUAUAGUUGCAAAGUUUGAUGGAAUACUUGGGCUUGGUUUCAAGGAAAUUGCUGUUGGAAACACUACACCUGUCUGGUACAAUAUGGUGAAGCAAGAUCUCGUGAAGGAGCCUGUGUUCUCUUUCUGGCUUAAUCGCGACAUAAAUGCAAAAGAGGGAGGUGAACUUGUUUUUGGUGGUGUUGAUCCAAAACACUUCAAGGAUAAACAUACUUAUGUUCCUUUGACUAAGAAAGGUUACUGGCAGUUUAAAAUGGGAGAUUUCUCUAUUGGGAACCGAUCAACAGGCUUCUGUGAAGGCGGUUGUGCUGCUAUAGUGGAUUCUGGAACAUCAUUGCUUGCUGGUCCAACUGCUGUUGUGACACAAGUCAACCAUGCCAUUGGAGCAGAAGGAGUAUUGAGCAUGGAAUGUAAAGAAACCAUUUCUCAAUAUGGGGAAAUGAUUUGGGAUUUACUAGUAUCAGGGGUCACACCAGAUCAAAUUUGUUUAGAAGCAGGUUUAUGUUAUCUUAAUGGAGCUCAGCGUUUGAGCUCGAAUAUAAGAAGUGUGGUUGAGAAGGAAAAUGAAGGAAGUUCCAUAGAAGAAGCCCCAUUGUGCACUGCCUGUGAGAUGGCUGUAAUUUGGAUGCAGAACCAGCUCAAACAGAAGACAACAAAGGAGAGUGUGCUAGAAUAUGUGAAUCAGCUCUGUGAGAAAUUACCAAGUCCUAUGGGACAAUCCGUAAUCGACUGCAAUAGCAUAUCAUCCAUGCCAAAUGUUACAUUAAAUAUUGGUGAUAAAGAUUUUGUCCUGACUCCAGAACAGUAUAUUUUGAAAACUGGGGAGGGGAUUGCUACCAUUUGCCUCAGUGGGUUUGUUGCUUUGGAUGUGCCACCACCUCGUGGUCCUCUUUGGAUUCUUGGUAAUGUAUUCAUGGGGGUGUAUCAUACUGUAUUUGACUAUGGUAAUCUUCAACUGGGUUUUGCUGAAGCUGCAUGAUAGCCCCUCUUUGCACAUUCUUCUCUGGGCUCGAAAUAAAUGUAAAAUAGAUGAAUAAUUCUACUUUGAAAUCACAUUGUAAUUUCAUGUUGUAUGAGGACUUAGGUACUUGGUGCUUUGCUCGAUCCUAGUGAUGUAAUAAGAUGCAAUUUUCUCUUUUCUUUCGACCGUAGGCGGCGUCUUUUUGAUGGUAUACCACUUAUUAUUUUCUUUCUUUUGUAUUAUCAAUGUUGCUUCAAGCCCUAAAAUAAUGAAAAAGGAGAGUUAAUAUUGA